AUGAGCACCAUGGCGCCUUCGGCUGCGGUGGAGCGUUUGUCAACUCAUUUGUUUCGUCAUUUCUUUUCUUUAAAUGUUUCUUUCUUUUCUUCUGUUUCUUGUAUACACCCGCAGCCGCUUUCUCCUCUCACCGCCUCCUGCUGCCUCUCUCUCCCCCCCCGUUGUUUCUUCUCUUCAUUGCAGCCACCACUGAAACCAGAACACGAGCUGCAGCGACAGAAGAAAGCCGAAAACCCAGCAGCAAGCGGCCGACAUCCACCCACCGCAGAAAAGCCGAACGAAUCCCCAGCAGCAGCAACAACAGCAGCAGCAGCAGCUGCAGCAGCAGAAGUUGAUGAUCACCUGGAGGGUCAUUCUGCUGCACUAGAGGAUGAUCCUGACGAAACCCAAGAACGAGAAGAAACAGAAGAAACAGAAGAAGAAGAAGAUGAAUAUUUAAAUAUAGAAGCGGGGGACCUCAGUGACUGCCCCCCAGCCCUACGUGAGUUCGUCUUCAGCAACCCGCCGCCGCUUUCUUAUUCUGUAGACCCCGCGGAUCUGAGUACAGACCAAAUCAAAGCAGUUGUUAACACCCUUCUCAACAGGGACAGCAGCAGCACUGCAGCAGCAGCAGCAGCAGCAGCAGGCGGUGCAACUGCAGCACCAGCAGCAGCAGCAGCAGCAGCAGAAAAAGAUACAGCAAAAACACACAGCAGUCAGGUGUAUACUGAGCCUUCUCGCUGGUGCUCUGAAAUAUAUCAACCAGAAACAGAAGAACAGUGGCUGCAGUACCCAGAGCCAAACGUGCUGUGGCCUAAUCCCCUGCUGCACAACCACCGCCUGCAGCCUUUCGCAUGCACUCUACCUACAACAGCAGCAGCACCAGCAGCAGCACCAGCAGCAGCAGCAGCAGCAGGAGCAGGAGGAGCAAAGGAAACCAACACAUCUUCUGGUGGUGUUCGUGCUGCUGCUGCUAAUGGUGAUGAUGCUGGUUCUGCUGCAGCAACAGCAGCAGCAGCAGCAGCAACGGCAGCAGCAGGAAGAGAUCUGAAUGCAUUGCAGCUACGAGCGAAUAGGCUGCGGCUUGAAGGCUUAUGGAAGCACUGCGGGGUGUAUGGGGUGUCUUGGGAUGAGCUGGAUGGGGUGUAUGUACAGUUUCGUCAGCAGCAGCAGCAGCAGCAGCAGCGGUGGAUAGAGAGAAAGCAGCAAAUCCUAGAGAUGCUGCAGCGAGAGACAAACGAAAGAAAUCUCUAUCUAAACCCUAGUCCUGCUGCUGCUGCUGCUGCUGCUGCUGCUGCUCCUGCUGCUGCUGCUGGGGGUGGGGGUGGGAGGGGUGGUGCUAGAGAUCAUAGAACGGCAGCAAGGAAAGGAAAAGAAAAGAGAGAAGAUGCAGCAGCAACUGCAGCAGCAGCAACAACAGCAGCAACAGCAGCAACAGCAGCAGCAGCAGCAGCAAACCAAAUACAACUCGAAUUGCAGCUGCAGCGAAUCCUCGCACGCAAAUUCCGCAGACAGCCCGUGGGCAGCAAAAUGACGCAGCAGCAGCAGCAGCAGCAGCAGCAGCAGCAGCAGAAAAAGCAGCAGCAGCAGCAGCAGCGAGAGGGGGAGGGGGCCCCCAAGGCCGAACCCCCUAAAGAAAUAGAGGGAGAGGAGACACAGGGGGCCCCCCUGGUGCAUGCAGAAAAUUCGCUGCAUGCAGAAGCAGCAGCAGCAGCAGCAGCAACAGCAGCAGCAGCAGAAGCAGCAGCAGCAGAUGAGGGGGUUUGGGAUUUUACUGGGGUUGGGCCUCCAGGCCGGCGACAAAAAAACAAAAAUAUAAAACUUUAA